AGGACUCACAGCUCGCUCCGUCCUGGGAGCAAAGUCCAGCUCUGAAGGUGGCAUGUGUGUUGGGACAGGAAAGAUGGCUCUCCUUAGCGCUGCAGUGUUGCCCCAAGGGACUUCUGUGCUGCUCACAGAGAGCGGGCAGAGGGCAUAGCCCGAGCUCUACCAGCACAGACUGGCACAAGGGGGGCCUUGCGCCCAUGAUGCUGUCAGUGGGACAGGAACGCCAGGGCCUCCUUUCUGAGGGCUGCUGCCUGGAGUCUCAGUUGUCUCUUGUGGAAAGUUCUAGAGGCCACCCGGCGCUACGGUCCUGAGACCUUUGCCUCUCCCUAAAGAAUAAAAGAUCAUAUGAUGGCAGGUGUGUCCAAACCCAAGGACUUGGAGAUUUUGGAUGAUGUGGAGAUGCCCUUCAGUGAGAAUGAAUGGGCCAGCCUCACGUCUGUGGGGAAUGCCCUGUACGCAGAAGUGAUGGCGGAGAACUGCAAGACCGUGGCUUCCCUGGCUGCAGCGUCCAUAGAUAGACCUGAUGCGAACCUGGCACUGGAGGAAGAGAGGGAUGCCCUCAUCCAGAGGGGCUGGGAGGUUGGUCUUGCUGAGUACAUCACAAAACUAAGAAGAUAUACUCGCCUAAUUUACAGACAUUUCAUCCAAUACGAUGAAAGAUUUCUGGAAAUCCUCAGUGUUGAGCAGACAAGACAAAAGUUAGUUGUUGACCUUUUCUAGUUUUCCUUGUAAAAAGUUAAGAGCCGCCUUAAACUACGGCAACUGCACUUUUUUUUUUCCUGUAAAUACCUGGAUUUCCAUAGAUUCUGUGUUCAUUAAAGUUACUUGUUCCUGUUGUGCAAA